UCAAAACCCAAUAAUCAUGUAGAACUAACUAACAGAGAGCCAAAGCUUGUUAAUAUGUGAUUAUGCUAAUUAAUGACUGUGAUUAUGUAUCUUUGGCGGGUUCGCUUAUAACUAGAACCUCCACGUUUUCCUUCUCUUCUCAUUUUGGCACAUCCCUCUCCUCAGUCUUCUUUCUCUCUCAGCUUUCUACUUAAACCCCACUAUGUCUUUCUCCCUCUCUUCAAUCUUCUAUACUGUCCUCUAUAAAGACCCAGAAUAACCCCAUUCUUCUUUGUGCAUUUUCUGCUUUCUCUCUCUACUUAUAUUUUCUCUCUCCAAGAAAAUUGUUUUCUGGGUUUUAUCUGAAACAAAGCAAGAAAGUACUACACAAUAGUGAUUCGCGAUCACCAAAAAUGCCUGACACGAUUCGAGAAAACUCGAAUUGGGAGACCGAGUCCAGUAUUAACUCUUCUUUUCCAGCUCCUUGUUCGCCAUCUUCAUCCGGGUUAUCUACAAAACCGGUUCGGAAAUCCGACUCGGAUGAGAAUGAUCAGAGAAAACCCAAGAGGGCUAGAGACAGUAGCAAGCAUCCGGUGUAUAGAGGAGUGAGAAUGCGCACUUGGGGCAAAUGGGUAUCGGAGAUACGAGAGCCCCGGAAGAAGAACCGGAUCUGGCUCGGCACUUUUUCCACACCCGAAAUGGCGGCACGUGCACACGACGUGGCUGCUUUAACCAUUAAAGGCAACUCGGCAAUCCUUAACUUCCCUGAACUCGCUGGGUCGCUGCCUCGACCCGCCUCUAACUCGCCUCGCGACGUCCAAGCCGCCGCCGCUAAAGCUGCUUCAAUGGACUUUCACAUUAGCAAGGACACCCAGCAUGACAAUAACAUCAAUAAUGCGUCAUCAUCGUCGACGGUGACGCAAUCAUCAUCGUCGUCAACAGCAGAAGUUACGUCAUCUCCGUGUGACGUGGCAACGCCAGAAGAACUGAGCCAGAUUGUGGAGUUACCGAGUCUAGAAAUGAGUUUCGAGAAGUCGCCCGAGCUGAGGGACGAGUUUGUAUUUGGCGACCCGUGGCUAUACAAUCCACCUUGGUACGAGGAUUACAUGUCCGAAAGUGUGAUAAAUAGUGGUUUUGAGCUUUUGUUAUGGGAAGAUUAACUAGUGCUUUAAAUUUUAAUUAGAGAUUAACUUUUGGUGUGUCUUUUUUUUUUAACCUUUUUAUAUAACUUUUUCUUAUGGGUAUUUUGAUAUUGUGAGAGAGAGCCCUUUGGCAAUUUUUUCUUAUUGAAGGGCUAAAAAUACUUUUCUUCCUUCUCAAGUUGUGUUCUUGUUCUUUAGCUCUUCUCUUUCCUUUUCUGCUUUAGCAUUUUGCAGAUAAAUUGCUUGUUUUAUCUCAAAUUGAAUGGUCAAAUAUACUUCCCUUUACUGAUAAA